AUGGCGGCGCCCAUCAUGAAAGGCAUGAGAGGUCAGGGCUGGGGCUUAUGCACCGUCGGAUACCGCCUGAUGGGCCAGAUGUUCCGGAGAGAGAUCAGUUUCAAAUUAGAUGAGAAAACAGCCCACAGCAGCUUGGAUUUGUUCAAAAAGGACACCGGUGUCCUCUAUCGCAUGCUGGGGAUUGACCCCACCAGAGUUCCCCAAAACCCUGAACGCUUCAGAGACUGGGCUGUAGUUUUGGGUGACACCGCCAUCUCCAGGGGCUGCCAUUACUGGGAAGUGACUGUGAAACGAUCUCAACAGUUCCGCAUUGGGGUGGCAGAUGUGGACAUCUCCCGGGAAGUCUGCAUUGGAAUGGAUGACCACUCCUGGGUCUUUGCCUAUGGUAAUCGCUGCUGGAAUGCCAUGUUUGCUAAUGAAACCACUCCAAUCACUAACAUUGGCCAACCAGAAAGAGUGGGCCUAUUCUUGGACUAUGACCACCAAAGAUUUAGUUUGGUAGAUAUACAACAACACAAGUUAAUCCACAAUAUGUCUCCAGAGUUCCAAGGUCCUGUGGUACCUGCCUUUGCCCUUUGGGAUGGUGAAUUGCUAACCCACUCAGGCCUGGAUAUACCGGAGAAGCUCAACCAAAGUUGAACUCUAUUUAAGAGUGGUGAUACUUACUGGGAUUGGAUUUUUUUACUCAAAAGAGCAAGUUCCCCCCAAAUAUGAUUGCCAUAUUAGAAUCCAGAGGUUUUCAUUGCCCGAUCCAAUCUCCCUUUAGGAAAUAACAUAUUUCUUCCUAGCAGAUUGAAAUAUAUUUCACUUUACAACAAUGUAAGUUUUGACUCAGCAAUGGAUCAAUGCUCUUAGACCUCUGUUUCCUUGCCUUUUGUGAGUGAAAUUUGCCAACCUUUACCUGUGGCACAUUUAUCUUGCUCUGGCACUUUGGUUUGUCAGGAAAAGAUUUACUUACGUUUGCUUGAAAAAACAAGCUGUUUUUAAGCAGCUAUUGUCUAUAUGAUCAGAUGCCCCAUUUGGUACCUUAUCUCAUACCUUUUAAUUAUGUAAAGAUUUCCUUUUCCCAUUAGAAGCAUUUGCUCAAGCUUUCAGAUAUCUGAAGGACACUUCCAUUUCGAUAAGAACAGUGAUCUGUAACACAAAGGAACUAUUGCCUCCUACAGGUGUGGUGGGAGAACAAGUUAGCUUGGAUCUAAGUGGAUGGCAUCUCAUGAACAGCGGAAAUCCAACUCUCCUGAAUUCAUAAACAUUACUGUGCACAAAUCAGUGUUAUAGGAAUUAAUUUAUUAAUACAAGCCCAAGAUCAUCCUGUCCUACUUUGAUUGAAGGAACAAGAGUCAACCCAAUGUACAUCUGCUGAUACAUAUGUUCAACCACGGUAAAGGAAUGAUAAUGACACAGUUGAUUACAAUCACCAUAGUAAAAAUUAGCUGAGGUCAACAAAUAUUUAAGCAGUGUUUUCUUUUUAUGGGUGCUGGAUGUAGUAAGAGCAGUCCUGUAUGCUGUGUUGAUAAUAUUGUAAUCAGUAAAAAUAAAUGCAUCUAAAACAAAUUUUUAUCUGGACUUUUGAUUGAAAAUAUUCACCAUUUGGAAAUCUUCUGAUAAAAAAUGUAUGCAGCACUUAAAAAGUCUAGAUGGACAAACUAGCCUACCAGCCCUGCAGAAGUGUCAGUCUGGCAGCAGUGGUGAAGUGCAAGUGGUGAAGCAGUAGCAUUAUACUCCUUCAAGGUUUCAGUUUUUCCUGUUCCAUGGCGACUGGUUUAUGACUGGUAUUUCUUUGCCACUCUACAGUGUCUCUGAGUGGUUCUUACUGGAGCAGUAGAAUAGCUGCUGAAAGGAGAGGUGCAAGAAAAAUGGCAGUGCCAUUUCAGCAGCUGACAGAACAUCUUCCCCCAUGCUAGAAGGCCAUUGCGAUUACACAGAUUAUCCCUCUGGAAUUCAAGUGGACUUAUUUCAAGUGACAAUACAUAGGCUUAGGAUUAAGCAGUAGUUUUCUACAUCUGGUGGUAAGGACCCAGAGUUAUCAACAGUCCUGACAGUAUCUUUUCCCAUACCUAUGAUUAAUUUAAUUUUUAGGGGAGGAGGAGAGAAAUGAAUGAUUGGAGUGAGAACAAAAGAGUUUGAGGUAGUGGCCCUCAAUAUGAGAGAGCAAAGGAAUAAAUACAUGUUUGAAAGCUAUUUCCCCAUUUUCGCUUUCCAUUCUGUUGCUUGUGUAAAUUACUUUUAGUCUCUUGAGUUUGGCUUUCUGAAAAUGGAUGUUUGUGAGUGGCUGCAGGUAUCACAGCAGUCA